AUGCCGAUUGCGCUUGUGCAGCCCGCAAUCACCGUGGAUACAAUGCAGAACCAGAGAAUGUACCUGUGCCAUUUGUUGACCACAAUCCGGAGAAGAAACAAGGCGACCGAACUUUUGCUUGUCGGAAUGGCGAAGAUGCAAAUCGACUGGCCAAUAAGUUCCCAUUUCAUGGCCAUCGAAUAUGCAGCCGGAUCUAGGUCUUUUCUCAAAGCUCCUAAUCCUGAAAACGAGGAUGCAGUUGUGAAAGCGCAAAACAAGAAGAAGAGUACCUUUUCAAAAUGGGUUAGCCACAUCACUUAUGAAUCAAUGUUGAACCUUGAGCCCUACCAAGCUAAUAAUAAUCCAGUAAUCAUCCCAACCGACGCUGUGAAUCACAAACUUUCGCGUGUAGUAUCUUGCUAGAACAAAAACCAAUCCUAUCAACGCCUCAAUCCACAUCACCCAGUUAGUAGUGAUCCCAAGACUUGUAAUGAGGCUCAUGUUGUUGAAACGACCUGGAACUUCGACAACUUAGUUUUCGACGAACGACGUCGGUAG